GAUGUCUCCCCUCCACCCUCGGCGGCCGCUCGCAGCUGGUCACCCCGCACCACGCGGGACGGCACCGGGCCGGACUCCCGCACCCACCGCGGGGAUUCCUCGACGCUCAGCGGGAAGCCCCGGCGGGGAGCGCUGGUCUCUGCCCGGCAGCGCCGAGGUGGCGGUCCGCGCGGGCGCUGCCCGGCAGGACGAGGGUCUCGCCGCAGCCCGGAAAGCCCCGCCGGGCCGGGGUUUCCCCGCCGCCCCCGGGUGACGCAGCCAUCCCGCUGGGGGCGGCUCUAAGGGCCGCUGCCCGCCGCCACACGCGCACUCGGGAGCGCCGCUCCGCCGCACACCGACCCCAUGGGAGCGGCCGCCCCGCUGCUGCGCGCCGCGCUGCUGUUAGCGCUGAGCCCGGCGCACGCGGCCGCCGCUCCGUGCGCCGCCAUCUGCCCCGCGGGUACCUUCGCGGCUGGCGCGGGCUGCGGGCGGGGAGCGAACUGCCAGCAGUGCCCGUCCGACACCUUCUCCAGCGCGGUGGGAGCCAGCAGCUGCAAUCUGUGCCGCAAGUGCGAAGGAAGAUUCAAGUACUUAAAGGUGUGUUCACCAAUAAGUGACGCUGAGUGCACGUGCAAGGAGGGAUAUCGCUGCAGUGACGAUGGCUGCUCCCGCUGUGACAGAAGCUGUGGGCUGGGCAAGGAGAGAACUGGGAGCGGUUGCCAGACUUGCCCCUAUGGAACUUUUAAUGAUCAGCCUGAUGGCUCCUGUAAAAACUGGACAAUAUGUUCUGAAAACCAGGUUCUGCAGCCUGGAACUGCAACAAAAGACGUGGUUUGCAAACACAGUCCAGAUAAUCCCACUUUAGCCACCACUUUACCCACCACUUCUCCUGCAGUUCCAUUUCCUAUCGCUGUGCCAGGGAGGGACCUCCAGAUGGACAUUAUCAGAAUUUCUCUGGCUGUAGCAGGGCUUUUGUGCAUAGCAUUUCUCCUGCCUUUGUGUGUAUGCCUCAGCGUCUGGCAGAAAAAGAAGCUACGCGCUGUCUUCAAGAAAAUCAGAAAUAGUCAUCUGGUUCAACCAACCCUGCUCACGCAGGGGAACACCCAGAGCAAGCAGGGAGAUUCUGCAACCUCUCUGGGCAACCUGUGGCAGUGCUCCAUCAUCCUCACAGUGAAGAAAUACUUCCUGAUGUACAGACAGAGCCUUCUGUAUUCCAGUUAAUGCUCACUGCCUCUUCUUCUGGCACUGGGCACCACUGAAAAGAACACUCCUCUGUCUUCUUUGCACCCAAAGCUGGAGUCAUGACUGCACUGUAGCAACAAUCAGGACUUGCUGCUGCAGAGCCGCAGAGCCAGCUUGAAACCAGUACUGCCCUCCCAGGAGACACAGAAGUUCUGCACAAAGCUGUGGUGAAUUGCAUCUGACUUAUUUUAUGAGCUCUGGCAUGGCUCUACCUGCAGAUACUUUUGUGUUUACAGUGAACUGCAGUACCCACAUUACCUAUAUUUUCCUAUUAUUUGAAGAACACUGAUCUGUAUUACCCUGGGUAUUGACUGUAAUCACAGGUUAAGCUACAAGAAGAAAACAUACUGCGUUUCCUGAGUUCCAAAGUAAGACUUUCUUCUCAGUCCUUUGCAGCCAGUGUUGGUUGGUAAAGACAAAAGAUUUAAUAAACACAUCUUAAAUGAACAAAGGAAAUUAUAAAGGAGGCUCUGCUGCCUCCAGGAAAUAGGACUCUGAAAGCUGCUGUUGAAGCUGACCAUGUGUAUAAGUUUCUGACUGUUGUAAUGUUACAGUUGAAUGUUUUUUGUGUCCUCUGUAUAGCUCCAAUGUGUGAAUGCUGAGCCUUCAUUGCCUCCUCUCAGCUCACUCUCAGUAUUUCUGUCACCACUUCUGACAAGUAACACGAUUUCUGUACUUGGCACUCAAACGUACUUGGGUGUAGGUUCCUUAUAAAAUCUCGAUCAGAUAAGUAUGUUUUUCAUCUUGAACUCAAAGAAACGCACCAGAAGUUUAGACAUAAUGUGCUUUGCUAUCUAAGCCAAGGGUUUAAGUAAGUAUUAAUUGGCUCUGGGUAAUUUUUCAUUUACUUUUAAUAAGUAUUCCUUGUCUUGGAUAAUGUUUUAAUACAAGCACAGGAUUCUAAAAGGACGUAAAGGAACUCUAUAAGGUUGCAAGAGCUCCUUAGAUCUUUUCCCAAAGGGAGAGCAUGCACUGUUCACAAUUGCCAAAAGUCUACCUUUGAAGUUUGGCGCAGUUCAGUGCUUUUUAGCCUUGUAAGACAACAUUCUGUUUAGAUGGCAUUUAGACCUUCCCUGCAGACUAGAACUGAGCAACUAGAGCAAUGAAAAUAUGAAAGCUCAGCAAACAACACCUCUUCUCGAUUUCACUGCUUCCUAGCUUUCUGCUGUAUCCCUCGUUACAUUGGUUGGAAUAUACUGUGGCAAACACAGCACUAGCAGCCCUGUCAGAUUAGGGGAAACUGUGAGAAAUUUUCUCUUGGCAAACCACGAUGCAGAGGAAUAAUUCCAAAGUAGAUUAUUGGAUCAACUGGAAGAUUUUUUCUUGCUGCCUUCCUCCAGUUGUGACUGAGGAAGGGUGAAACAGGGUGGCUGAAUAAAAGCAAUAGGAAGUGAACAUCUGCU